AUGAAGUACGCUUUGAAUGGAAGUAAGGUCGCCACUCUAAUAGAUAGAAAUGGCAAGGAUGAAAUAAGGGUUUACAAUGUUGACGAGAGUGGGGAUUCGGAAGUUGUUGCAUCAAUCAUAUUGGAAGAUAUAAUAGACUUUAUUUGGGCAUCGCCAACCACGAGAAAGAAAAGAACUCCUAAUGGAGGCAGCAAAGAAAGUGAAAAUCAGAAUUUGUUAGUUGUUUUGUUAAAGGGGAGUGUUUUUGUUAUUUUGUCGGAGAGUGCAGAAAUUAAUCGAUUCAAAAUUGAUGAUCAUAUAAAUAAACUUGUAAAAUAUGAUGAUAAUAUAUGGGCAGCAGCUAAAAACAGUAUAUUGAAGAUUAGUCUUGAUGGGGAUGUCAAGGAUAGAAUCAAGGCUCCCCCAUUUAAUGCUGUUAGCAUAUCGAAGAAAAUAGCAUUUGGAUCGACUAGUUUGCAACUUGGCAAAUUUGCCAAAGGGAAAUUUAUCUGUGAGGAUGAGAUUGAAGUAGUUGAAGAAAUAAGAUCUAUUUUGCAGAGUAAAAGCGCAGUGGUGUUGACAGAACAAAACAAUGUAUAUAUAGUCAAGAAAAAAGUUCAAAAACUUGCUAGCGAUGCCCAUCAUAUACAAUUAUUACAUUAUAGAGAUAAAGAUUACAUCGUAGCCAUCAGUGAUAGUUUGAAUUUUUACAAUGACGGCAAACUUGAGAACUCGAUAUCAGGGGAGACUGCAUUAGAAGGGGUGUUACCUGUUGAUGAUUCACUUGUGGUGUUUUGGUCAGGGAAGAAUGAACUUUUAUUCAAGAAGAUAGAAUGGUCUGAUGAGGAGAUUGUGAUUCCCCAUGACGAGCUACUCAUGAAUGGUACUAGGUCUCAUAUCAAGGUAUCCAAACCAAAAGUGUACAAAACCGAUGCCGCAAGUUUAUUAAAGAAAUUAAACGAUAUAACUGACCACGGCGAAAUUGUUAGUCUCUGUCAAUCUGUUUGCGAUUCUGCUGUUAUAAAAGAAGUUGCAAAAGAGAUUGGCAUGGAGUUAUUUCCAGUUAUAAGUGACGCCGUGAGCAAAGACACAACAAAUACAAACCUUGCACUUUGGUUUAAAUGGAUAUAUUUGAUUCACGGCAAACAUAUUGCCAAACAAGAUAUAGCUCCGGUCAAAGAAGCAAAAUGCCAGCUCGAGCUGGGAGUCAAGCUUAUGUCGCAUUUGAUUGCAAUUCAAGGGAAAUUACAGCUUUUGAAAUUGCAAAAUGAGAUGAGAGAGAAAAACGUUGCGAGAGAUGUGACAACCACCAUUGAUGACGACAAUAUGGUUUAUGCCAACGGAGAAGCAGAAUAA